CAGGCAGGUCUCUCCCCGGAGACGCUGGAGAAAGCCCGGCUGGAGCUGAACGAGAACCCCGACACCUUGCACCAGGACAUCCAGGAAGUGCGGGACAUGGUGAUCACCCGGCCGGACAUCGGCUUCCUCCGCACCGCAGAUGCCUUCAUCCUGCGGUUCCUACGGGCCAGGAAGUUUCAGCACUUCGAGGCGUUUCGCCUCCUGGCCCAGUACUUUGAGUAUCGCCAGCAGAACCUGGACAUGUUCAAGAGCUUCAAGGCCACAGACCCGGGCAUCAAGCAGGCGCUGAAGGAUGGCUUCCCCGGCGGGCUCGCCAACCUGGACCACUACGGCAGGGAAAAGAUCCUCGUCCUUUUUGCUGCCAACUGGGACCAGAGCAGGUACACACUGGUGGAUAUUUUGCGCGCCAUACUUCUUUCUUUAGAAGCCAUGAUAGAAGACCCUGAGCUUCAAGUGAAUGGAUUUGUUUUGAUUAUAGACUGGAGCAACUUCACCUUCAAGCAGGCUUCCAAGCUCACACCAAGCAUGCUUAGAUUAGCCAUAGAGGGCCUUCAGGACAGUUUUCCAGCUCGGUUUGGAGGAAUCCAUUUUGUCAAUCAGCCGUGGUAUAUCCAUGCCCUCUACACAGUUAUACGGCCCUUUUUAAAGGAGAAGACACGAAAAAGGAUAUUCCUGCAUGGUAAUAACCUCAACAGCCUGCAUCAGCUAAUACACCCUGAGAUCCUGCCUUCAGAGUUUGGAGGAAUGCUGCCCCCCUAUGACAUGGGGACAUGGGCAAGAACACUGCUUGACCAUGAAUACGAUGAUGACAGUGAAUGCAAUGUGGACUCCUACAACGCUCCUGCAAAGGAUAUAGAAAAGGACCUCUCUCCCAAAUCCAUGAAAAGGUCUCAGUCAGUUGUGGAUCCUGGGGUGCUGAAACGCAUGGAUAAGAAUGAAGAAGAAAACAUGCAACCUUUGCUUUCACUUGACUAACAGUCCCUGAGCAUUGGACAUGUACUGAGGUGGAAGGCACUGCCUCUCAACAAUGAGCAACCUACUGGGAAACAGUGUAUUGGCUGGAAUCCUAUUUACUCAUGUUAAUGUAGCAUAACGGCAACAGGCAGCAGGUUUUACUAUUCCACCUGAAUUGUGGAUGCUCUUGAGUGAAAAAGAAGAGGAGAAAAACGGAAAAUAAAA